GUUGGUGAUGUGAAGAAUAGAGACAAACGUUCAAAGGAUUAGUAUCGAUGACCUUUAUUUCCAACGAACCUGAAAAAGUGAAAGCAGCCACCAAGGGAAUGCGAUCGUCAUUUUCCACUUGUCAAAACAGAUCUCUGGGACGUCUUCUGCUCUCUGAGCAAUCAAAUCGCCGCUAACGCCCUUCAUUUGCUCUCAGUUUCCAUUCCUGAUCCCUUCGCAGCAUCGCUCCCGAAUUCCGGUUCUGCAACGGGCGGGCACACCUUGUUAAGCCGGAAAGAGUAAUUUACCGCUAAGGGCGACCUCACCGGCGACCUGUAAGAAAAUGGGGCACGGGAGUUCCAAAGACGACUCCUCCUCCGAGGAAGGGGAAAGAUCCUCGCGGUUGUCUGCCUUGGCGAACAAGCUUCACAUCCACGGUGACCGCGGCAGUCGCCGCAUCCGCAGUCGCCUGUUUCGCCGCUCCAGUACAAUGAACGACUCCACCUCCUCCGCCGGUCACGGGCUAAACAGAAACAAGCUCGCCUCUGAUGAGGAUUUUGCCGGAAUCGCGCUUCUUACGCUCAUCAGUGCGGAGAUGAAAUUCAAAGACAAGUGGCUUGCUUGCGUUUCCUUGGGCGAGCAGACUUUCCGUACAGAGGUUUCCGAUCAGUUAAGCUUUGGUUUUUUGCCUCCAUGGUGUGUGUCUCUUUUGUGAUUUUUCCUCUGUGCUUGCGUUAUCUUUCAAAAGUUGGAUAGGGGGUGUUGCCCGCGACAGACUGUAAUGGUAAGAAACAAUGAACUCCCCAACUCAAAAAGAACAAUAGUGCUAGUGUUGAUGCCCUCAAACUGUGAGGAACUAAAGCAUCUUGGUCAUUGACUGAUCCACUGGGUAUGUUGUUGGCUACAAAUUUGAGGUGUAAUCGUAACUGAUUUGCUUCUUAUUCAGUCCCUCCUUUUAGCUCUUUGUUGCAUAUGUGCUUUGCUCUAUCGCAAUAUGACCAAAUUCAAUAUGUGAAAGAUUUUUAUGAUGUUAUUGGAUUUUGUCUACAAACUUGCCCUGCUUUAUCGAAUUGACAACAUGCUGAUUCAUUUCUUUGUGGUGCAGGACUGAUACACCUGUAUGGAACUCGGAGAAAAAGCUUCUUCUGGAGAAAAAUGGAUCUCAUAUCGUCAGGAUUUCUGUUUUUGAGACUAACAGACUAUCGAAAAACAGUCUAAUAGGAUACUGUGAGAUCAAUCUACUGGAAUUUUUAAUUGAGGAUUUUGAUUCAGGUGCUGAAGUUUUUGACCUUCUUGAUCCGUCUUCAUCUGACAUUGUCGUUGGGAAAAUAUCUCUUUCUUGUAAUGUUGAGGAUCCAAUUGAGACUGAGAAAAAUUUUGCACGGCGCAUCUUGUCCAUUGUGGACUACAAUGAAGAUGGGUUGCUUUCAUUUCCAGAAUUUUCAGACUUAAUAAAGGCGUUUGGAAAUAAGGUGGCAGAUGACAAGGUUCGGUUAAAGUCAAUCUAUGGUUUUGCACUAAAUGAAACGCAACAUAUAACACCUAGUAUUGAACAUAUGGAACAGAAACAGAAGCACAGAAUUUGAGUUGUAAAUUUCUGGUAUGGCCAUUUUACUUGAGAUUUUUAGCCACUGUAGUAUGCUCAAAUAUCCAGUUUGCACCUUCUUUCUCAAUCACAUGGUUUGCGCUUUCUCUACUUUGUGUUUGCUGCUCUUAGAUCUUUGCGUGCAUUUCCAUAUGUUCUGACAGGUAAUCCAAAAUUUUGCCUUAGUAUGUGUUUACCUUGUUGAUUAGAAAGAGGAGCUUUUCAAAGCUGCAGACAAGAACCAGGAUGGCGUUGUGAGCUUAGAUGAGUUGGCUGAUCUUCUUGCAAGUCAACAAGAAAAGAAGCCUUUAAUAAAUUGCUGUCCUGUUUGUGGCGAAAUUCUUGAAGUUUCUGACAAGCUGAACACAGUAGUACAUUUGAGUCUUUGUUUCGAUGAAGGAACUGGAAAUCAAAUUAUGACGGGAGGAUUUUUGACCGAUAAGCAAGCUUCAUAUGGAUGGAUGUUCAAACUAAGCGAAUGGGCUCACUACUCAACAUAUGAUAUCGGUUUGAACUCAGGUUCAAGUGCUUCUCAUAUUGUGGUGUUUGAUCGGAAGUCAAAGAGGCUCGUGGAGGAGUUAAUUGAUGGGAAGAUAGUUAUGUCAAUGAGAGCAAUUUACCAGUCAAAGAUAGGACUGCACUUAAUGGAUAAAGGGGCUAAAGAAAUUUUGCACAGCAUCUCGGAGAAGCAAGGAAGGAAAAUGAACUCAGUUGAAUCAGCUAAAGAAAUACCGAAGUUCCUUGAAUUUUUUAAGGAUCAAAUCAAUUUGGCUGAAGUUAAGCACCCUCUGGAUCAUUUUAAGACAUUUAACGAGUUCUUCAUAAGAGAGUUAAAGCCUAGUGCAAGACCAGUCGCCAUGGUGGAUCGCGAUGAUGUGGCCGUAUGUGCAGCUGAUAGUCGUCUAGUGGCAUUCAGAUCCGAGGAAGACUCGAAAAGAUUCUGGAUAAAGGGCAAGAAAUUCUCUAUCGGUGGCCUCCUGGGAAAUGAUCCAAGCUGUAGCAAUUUCAAGGAUGGAAUUGUGGUUAUAUUUCGGUUGGCACCUCAGGAUUAUCACAGAUUCCAUUUUCCGGUUUCUGGAACCAUUGAGCAGUUUAAGGACGUUUCAGGAUGUUUGUACACGGUGAAUCCGAUUGCUGUGAAUAGCAAGUAUUGCAAUGUCUUCACAGAAAAUAAGCGAGUUGUAUCAAUUAUUUCUACUGUCAGCUUCGGAAAGGUUGCAUUUGUUGCGAUUGGAGCAACCAUGGUUGGUAGCAUAGCAUUCGUGAAGAAGACUGGCGAUUAUGUGAACAAGGGGGAUCAGUUUGGUUAUUUUUCCUUCGGUGGGAGCACGGUGAUUUGCGUCUUUGAAAAGGAUUCGAUCCAGAUUGAUGAAGACCUCCUGGCAAAUAGUGCAAGGUCGCUAGAAACCUUGGUUCAAGUUGGAACGACACUGGGUAUUGCCACAAAGGUUUGAUCUGUAAUUCCGAGGGGCCGUUAGCCACGUUGUGUAUAAAUCAGGUAUAACUAAUAUCCAAGAUUAGGAGUGUGGGUGAAACCAAGCUGGAUUAGCACGGGGAUCGAUCUAGCCUCUGCUGUGUGCCCUCGGGCUCUUAGACCUGAAAUUUCGUGUGGGGUUUAUUUUUCUGGGAGCUAUACGCUAUUUCAGCAGUUUCUCAAGCAAUCAUGUCAUGGGCUAUACGUUGUAAAGACAGUUUAAACCAUUGAUGGCUGCCACAGGGGUCCGUAAACUUGUCGCUAAAUUCCUAUUGCCUCACAAGUGCAUAAACAGUGGCAUUUACAGAUACGUAACCCAGGGAAUUGGAGGGUUUGCAUUUACACUCCCCAUCUAAUGGACAACAAAGGUAAACUUGCGGAGAUUCGCAACCAAUAUCC